AUGGAAAAAGGACAGUAUUCCUCGUGGGCUAAACUUUUUAAAAUUCAUUAUCGUGCAUACAAGGUGAUUGACUAUAUAAUUCAACCGAAGCUGUCUGACAAAGGCAAGGAACAAGUAGCUGAAAUCGAUCCUGAGUUAUGGUCCCCAUUAGACGCCAUAGUUCUUCAAUGGAUUUAUGGCACGAUCUCUAAUGAUCUUCUUAUCACCAUCCUCGAGCUGGAUAAAACUGCACACCAAGCUUGGGAACGUUUGAAAAAUAUUUUUCAAGAUAACAAACAUUCUCGUGCUGUUUAUCUGGAAAAUCAAUUUUCAAAUAUUUCUGCUUGUUGUCAGAAACUUAAGAUGCUUGCUGAUCAACUUUCAAACAUUGGUGCACCGGUUUCAAAUCAAAAGUUAGUUCUUCAGUUAAUUGCGGGAUUGAAUGAGAAUUACGAUGGUGCUGCUACUUUCAUUCAACAUAGUGAUCCAUUGCCUCUGUUUUAUGAGGCACAUUCAAGGCUUAUCCUUGAGGAAACCCGCAAAGCUAAGCAAACAGCCACAGCCUCUUAA